CGCCCGUAACCGAGUCGCCAUCGCCCGCGCAUCUGUGCUCCGUGUAUCUCUAUCUCUUAAUAUCGGUCGCUCCUCUCCUCUGGCAUUUUUCGGCGUUAGGAGAUACCCACGAGCUGAUUGAUCGCGCGGCGCAACUACAACCACAUCCACAUCACAUCCCAGUCCGGCACCGUCAUCAUGGGCGUUUGGGAUCUCUUCACCGGCAAGAAGGCAACCGCGACCGACUCGCAAUCGCCGCAAGAACCACACGACAACUUCUCUGCCUCGCCGGCGCCCUCCACACCCUUCGACCCUACCACCGCCAUUCAAAGCCCUUCAGACUUCAUCCUCGACCCGUCGCAAUUACAUCCCCUUGCCGGGCUGAACCAAGACACCCUUGAUUACCUCUCGCUCGAGGAAUCCGCGUCUGUAGACCACUCUGCGCUCCCCAGUCGCGGCUGGUCAGAUGACCUCUGUUAUGGCACCGGCGUCAGCUACCUGACCGCGCUCACCAUCGGUGGCGCAUGGGGACUAUCCGAGGGAUUGCAGAAGAACCCAGCCUCGAUGCCGCCGCGAUUGCGCAUCAACGGCGUCCUGAACGCAGUCACAAGGCGCGGGCCUUUCCUGGGCAACAGCGCCGGCGUCAUCGCGCUGGUCUACAACGGCACCAACAGUACCAUCGGCGCCAUCCGCGGCAAACACGACCCCACCAACAGCGUCGUCGCGGGCGCCAUCUCCGGCGCCAUCUUCAAGAGCACCAGAGGGACACGGCCAAUGGCCAUCAGCGCGGGCAUCUGCGCAACCGUCGCAGGAACAUGGGCCAUCACACGAAAGGUCUUCUUCGAGCCCGCCCCCGACGCAUAAACCCACGACCCCCCGCAAACCCUCAGCAGACGCCCCCAAGCUGCACCCUUUCUCGCCCGUUUCGCUUCGAUAUCCGACCUUUUUGCAUCGCGUUUGCUCGCUCGGCGUCCUUCUCCCCCCUCUCCCCACGGGCCCUUGCGCCCCUGUACCAUAUACUUUGUGUCCACGGAGGAGUGCAUGUUCGCUUAGACAGGAACGGGCGGUUGCCGGCUCCUUGGGUGCCAGCGCUUGUGCUGGCGUGUAUUGUGUAUUUAUGUAAGACUCAGGGAUGGCGCCGAAUAAUGCAUAUCGAAACAUGUCAAACGAAACAUACCGUGGCGUCUUUUUGUUGUGCGGUGAUUGUGUGGUGAUUAUGAGCAGGCUCUGAGGCGGUUCUUCAUGGCAUUACAUGUUGAGAGAAGUUCGAAGGCAGCCGCAUGAAGACGAAGACGUGGAUAGCUGGAUAUAGUCGCAUCAGCUGGUGGCACAAUUGGGCGACAAAGUCUAUCGCAAGCCA